GUUACGAUGUUAAGGACGAUAAUAGUUAUAAGUAUUUUAGGCAUAAUCGAGUUUCACAAAUGCUGCGGAGAUUCCAUACAGGAUGACUGGAGAAGACAAGGCUUCUACCGACCACGGCGAAACUUUCCUAGUCAAAGUCAAGAUGACAACUCCUUUCAGCCUAACCAUCAUAAUCACCAGAGCCAGAACACUAGGCCACAGCAAGCAAGGACAGGUUUUGGCCAAAAUUCCGAAAAUCUAUUUGGAAUAAAUACUUACCAGAAUUCUCAAAAGCAGAAUAUUGGAUUUAGUAAUACUCAAGCUCAAUACUCAUUUGGAGGACAUCAGACCUCUAAAUUCGCAGACUUAUCAACGGGGUCCAGUGAAAAUCAAGGAACAUUUGGAACCAGUUAUCAAAAUGCAAAGCUACCGAGUAACAAUGAAAAUUCUCAAAGUCGAAAUGCAUUUGGAUUUAACAGUCAAAGCUCAUUCAGGUCAGAAUAUCAAAAUGGUGGUCAAAAUACAGUUGGAUCCAGAGUCGGUCAGAAUUCGUUCGGUCCUAGUCAGAAUUUACAAACACCGAACAAUGGUCAGAAUUCCUUUAGGUCAAGUUUCAGCGGUCAAUCUGCAUUUGGUAGUUACAAUCCAAAACAGAGCUCUUUUGAAAGCUUCAGUCAAAACAGUCAAGCAUUUGGAAACUUUGGACAGAAAGUCCAGGCUCCAAAUCCAUUCAGCAAUUUCCAAAAUCGAAACACAUUCUCCAAUUUUGGUUCUAACUUAGCUAAAGGUCAAAAUCAUCAGGCAUCUGACUAUCUCCCACCAAAACCCUACAAAGCGCCGGGAUAUUUACCACCUGACGAAUCAAAGACCACUUCAACUACAAGAAGACCAUUCUUUACCACUACUACGAGACGACCAUUCUUUACCACAAGUACAACUCGAAGACCAUUUUAUACUACAACUAAAAGAACAUUUUUUACCACAACCACUACUAAGCGGCCAUUCUUUACCACUACAAAUAAAACACCAUUAUUUACCACUACCACAACAAAGAGACCUUUCUUUACUACCACUACAACAAAAAAACCAAUUACUACGACAACGAAACGACCAAUCUACACAACAACACCAAAUCAUCAAGUAAUAUUCCCUGAUAAGAUACCGAAACACCCAUUCGACGCGGUAUCUCCAGCCAUGGCUAUGAUAGUACCACCAGAACCAGAUGAUGAAGAUGAAAUCAUACCUGACUUUAGAACUACAACACAGAAACCAGCUGUUCUUCCAGCCAUGGCUAUGGUCGUACCACCAGAACCAGAUGAUGAAGAUGAAAUUGUUCCUGACUUUAGAACUACAACGCAGAAACCAGCUGUUCUUCCAGCCAUGGCUAUGAUCGUACCACCAGAACCAGACGAUGAAGAUGAAAUCGUACCUGACUUUAGAACUACAACGCAGAAACCAGUUGUUCUUCCAGCCUUGGCUAUGAUCGUACCACCAGAACCAGAUGAUGAAGAUGAAAUCGUACCUGGCUUUAGAACUACAACGCAGAAACCAGCUGUUCUUCCAGCCUUGGCUAUGAUCGUACCACCAGAACCAAAUGAUGAAGAUGAAAUCGUACCUGACUUUAGAACUACAACGAAGGAACCAGUUGUUCUUCCAGCUAUGGCUAUGAUCGUACCACCUGAAGAAGAUGAUCCUAUAACGAUUUCGACAACUACAUUAGUAACUAGCCCUUCAACCACUAAAAUUACCACUCCUUCAACAACCGUUUUUACUACGCCAUCAACUAGUACUACUUUUUCUACAACCUCUUCUACUACCAUAACUUCUCCAUCGACAACGAUAUCGACUACUUUGAGUACUCCGUCUACAACAUUAACGACUCCUGAUUUAAAUCGUAAUCAAGAAGAAGAAACUACCCCAACUACAAAAACAACAACUGUUAUUAUUGUUACAAAAGCUACACCAACAACAAAACCCCCUGUUGUAGAAGAAACUACCCCAACUACAGAAACAACAACCGUCAUUACUGUAACAAAAGCUACACCAACAACAACACCCCCUGUUGUAGAAGAAACUACCCCAACUACAGAAACAACAACCGUCAUUCCAGUCACAAAAACUACAACAACAACAAUGAAACGACCUUUUAUAGGGAUUGGAUACUUACCACCGGACCCCAAAACUACUUCGACAACAACGAUCUAUCCUGAUAUUGUGCGAGCUGAGCAGCCUGUUGCCGGAGGUGAUGAAGUGCCUCUAGAACCUAAAUGUGAUCCAUUGGACCCAAGCACUUGGCCCACGUUAUACGAGCAACGACAAUAUGGUGAACUACCCUGUGCGCCAGUCACAACUACUCCAUCACUUAUACCGCCUUCACCAGCACCGGCUAGAGCCGACCCAGUCCCACCAGAGCCAGAAUGUGACCCUCUAGACCCCAGCACUUGGCCCUCGGAAGUAGACCAACGAGAUUUUGGUGAAACACCUUGUGCCUUUGUGUCUUCACCCACUGCUACACCUACUACACCUCCUACCACUCCUACUACACCUACUACAUCUCCUUCCACACCUCCCACUACACCUCCUACCACACCUACUACACCUCCUACCACACCUCCUACUACACCCCCCACCACACCUCCUGAUUCGGAAGUCGACGAACGACUUUUUGGUGAAACACCGUUUUCACCUGUAUCUUCAACUACUACUAGCACUUCUACUACAACAACUACUACGACUACGCCAUCUACAACCACUUCGACUACACCAUCUACAACCACUUCGACUACACCACCUACAACCACUUCAACUACACCAUCUACUACCACUUCGACUACACCAUCUACUACUACUUCGACUACUUCUACGCCAUCUACUACAACCACGACUACUACUACAAUAAAACCACCAUAUAUAGGUCGUGGAUAUUUACCACCUACCAACCAUACCUUGAACCUACCACCAUCACCAGCACAAGCUGAACCAGUACCACCAGAACCGGAAUGUGACCCUCUAGACCCCAGCACUUGGCCUUCAGAAUUCGACCAAAGAUAUUACGGAGUAUCACCCUGUGCCCCGAACAUAACCAAACCACCUGUAGGCCUUACAUAUCCUCCAGACGACUGUAUAGUAAAGAAAAGAAAGCGUAGAGCGACUGAGGUGACGCUAAGGUUAAAAGAUGUAAAAGGAACUCCUAGGCCUGUCUGGUAUGCUGGUAUAUACAGGAAGAUCACGGACCCUUACUUCCCUAUAUGUGGAGGGUCGAUAGUUCGAGAGGAUGUGGUUAUAUCAGCUGCCCACUGUUUUUGGGACGACGUGGUCGGGCUGCAGCCAGCUCAACAAUUCGCGGUGGCCGCCAGCAAGAUUUACAAGCCUUGGAAGGACCCUAUGGAUAAGAAGGCGCAGAAAUCUGACGUCCUGGACAUCAAAAUUCCCGCUCGCUUCCUCGGCGCGAAGACCAGCUUCCAAGAAGAUAUCGCCAUCUUGAAGCUGGCCACACCAUUCAAGUAUACCCGAGGAGUACGGCCCAUCUGUGUGGACUUCGACGAUGAUUUCGACAGACAGCAGAUGAAGGCUGGACAUCAGGGCACGAUCGCAGGCUGGGGCCUAACAGACUCCGUUGGCACGCCGACGCAGCGCCUCCUGUGGCUGGAGCUCCCAUACAUUGAGAUAGAGAAGUGCAUUCGCGACUCGGAGGACGCUUUCCUCAAAUACAUCACCUGUGAUAAAGUGUGCGCCGGCGAGAAUGACACGGGCAAAGCGCUCUGCAAGGGCGACAGCGGCGGCGGCCUCGCCUUCUGGUCCGGGCCCGCCGACCACGCCACGCCGUACUUACGCGGGAUCGCGUCCACGGCGCCGUCCCCGCGUAACGCCGAGUGCAACGUUUACGCGUACGGGAGUUUUACGCACGUGCGCGCGCAUAGGACUUUCCUGCGCGACCACGUGCCUGAGAUCGAAAGUUGUAGAUUUUGGGAAUAAAUG